UUCCAAAAUGGCGGCAGCGAUGGAUGUGGAUACCUCGAGCGGCACGAACAGCGUCGUGGGCAAGAAGCGCUUUGAAGUGAAAAAGUGGAAUGCGGUAGCCCUCUGCGCCUGGGAUAUUGUGGUUGAUAACUGUGCCAUCUGCCGGAACCACAUUAUGGAUCUUUGCAUAGAGUGUCAAGCCAACCAGGCGUCUGCUACUUCCGAAGAGUGCACUGUUGCGUGGGGAGUCUGUAACCAUGCUUUUCACUUCCACUGCAUCUCCCGCUGGCUCAAAACACGGCAGGUGUGUCCAUUGGACAAUAGAGAGUGGGAAUACCAAAAGUAUGGACACUAGAAAAAGAGAAU